AGCCGCCAGGUCACUGUGCCGCCCCGGCACGGGGGCGAUCCCUGUCCGGACCUCAAGCAGCGCCGCGGCUGCCUGGGGCAGCACCCGACCUGCGGGACGGCCAAAGGUAACCGGGCUGCGUGCUCGUCCCCAUGUGCUGCCGUCCCGGGGUGUCUUUAGUCAUCUCCGUGGCCCUCACAGCUGCUCUUCUCCCAGAGGUAGCCAAGGUACUGCCCAACUCCUUCAGCCAGGACUUCAGAGAUCCCUGGCGAAGAGCUGGGCUGCCACUGCCGGAGGAGCCCUCUGGGUAUGUGUGGAGUCGGGGCCCCUCCGUAACCCCCCUCCCCAAAGCCGGGACCCCCCUGCACCCCCUGUGGUCAUGGGCUCUUUGCACCCCCAGACCCAGGGCCUUUUUUCUUCCCCCAGACAUUACUUUUCUCCCUGCACUAAACCAUGGCCCCGUUGCACCCCCAUACAAAACCAUGGCCCUCUGCAUGCCCCACAGAACCGCCAUCCUUCCCACCCUCCAAAUCAGGAUCCCUCUGCACCCCCCCAGAGCCAUUACCCUUCUCACCUCCCCGGCCGAGACCCCUCUGCCACCCCCCAAACCUAUAUCCCCUUUAUACCCCAAUCCAUCAACAAACCGCCGCAACCUCUGCCCUACCUUCCGACCACCAUUUUCCCUUUUUUCUCGUCCCAUUUUCCCCCCUCCCCAGCUCCCCCUUCCCCGGCUACUGCGGCUAUUUCCGCCUGACGCAGGUGGGAGCCCCGUGCCGCGGGCGCGCCUGGAGCCGCCGGCUGCAGCGGGACAAGCAGGUGUGUGUGGAGUGCUGGGGGAAUCUGUCCCACCGCCGCCCCCACUGCACUGGACACGGGCUGCAAGGAGCCAGGACAUUUUGGGUGGCCGCUUCUGUGGUGGGGUGCCAGGGCUCCUGGGUGCAGGAGAGCCUGCAGGAGGGGUGUGUCUGCUCCCCACCAGCUCUCAUUUUUGUGUAGGAUCCCCCCAGGAAGGUUUGCUGUUCACCCUUGGUGCCAGCUCCCUCUGUUUUCCAUUAAAUAAUUUGCUGAAGAAUGGAAAAACCCUUCUUAUAAAGACUAAAAAUAAGGGAAUUGCUGAAGUGUGGUGAUUAAUGGUAGAACAGCACGAUGAGGUUAAAUCUGGGUGAGAAGAUGAUGUGGCGGUGACACGGUGUGAUGAUGUCAUGCUCAGCCAUGAUGUACUUUCCACAAGCUGCAACUGGCAAGCAACGUGAGGACGGAGGGAGCAUCCCUCCUCUUGUCUGAGCUCACUCACUGCAGUGUCAGGUGAGCCAGGCAGGGCAGUUUUGCAGAGAUAUUUAACAGACACCCAAAGUCUGUACACAGGCAAUGGUGCCAGAACCCAGUUCCAGCCGUGGGGCCUGGCGGUCCCAUUGGAAGGACUGAGGCUGGGUGCUGCUGCCCUUCUCCAGUCCUUGCCCACCACGACAUGACCUUGCUGGUGGGGUCCCUGCCCCAGCUUUGAGUGGUGCUACCACAGCCUGUGGUGGGAGCACGUGCCAUGCCAGGGCUGGAUCUUGCUCCACUGCAGCCAGUGGCUGUUGUCUGUUUGCUGCCCCAGGACAUGUUUGGCUCCUGCAGCCUGCUCUCACACCACCCUCCUGGGCAGUGGAAUUAAAAGGCUUCAACACUG